GCAGCAAAAAGCCCACGUUGGCCGCUCUGUGGAGCGCGGCGCGGAGAGGCGGGAGGCUGCGAAUUCCGGCGCCGACGCGCGGCCGCUGCCCCGCGCACCGGUCCCCUUUCCUCCCAACCCUUCUGCGAAUCGGCUUGGCCGGACAGCCAGGGGAGCUCUGAACGGAAAGCAAGACCCUAGGCGCCUCGGUUUGGGGAGGGGAGCGGUGUGCGAUUUGGAGAGGGGGGCGACAGUGCCCGAGGGGCGCAGAGUUAGAGAGCCAGAAGGAAGUUUAGCCUCGCGAAGACGACUGGCAUUUCAGGACGCCUCGUCGCCACAGCCUGGGCCCUGCGGUGGGGUGAACUCCACGGUGGCCCUGCGGGCCGAGGAGGGGUGCGCGCGGGGAGGAUGCCGGGCGCGCAGCCCCGCUGCUGAGGCCCCAUUGCCCCGUCGCCCCGGUCCAGCGCAGCUAACCAGCCGCGAGGCGCGGAGCAGUGCAAGCGUGCGGGCGGCAGCGCCCGGGUGACCGCGCCGUGACCCGUCCCGGCGCACCCCGAAGUGGACGCACCUGGCCUGGACCAACGCUGACUUCGGGCUCUUGCACUUCGCCCCUUUGCCUGCCCUCCAGACUGGGCUCCCUGGGGGUGCCCCGGACGACCAUGAGAGAUAAGGACUGAGGGCCAGGAAGGGGAAGCGAGCCCGCCGAGAGGUGGCGGGGGUUGUUCGCACCCAGGGCAACCGCGGCGCUCCGCCGCUCGACGCCUCGAGUGGCCCUCGGGGCCGCCCGGCCGGGCGGGGAUGCCGGGGCUGGGGCGCAGGGCGCAGUGGCUGUGCUGGUGGUGGGGACUGCUGUGCAGCUGCUGCGGGCCCCUGCCGCUGCGCCCUCCCCUGUCCGCCGCCGCCGCCGCCGCCGGGGCGCAGCUGCCUGGGGACGGCGGGAGCCCCUCGCGCUCCGAGCAGCAGCCGCUGCCGCCGCAGUCCUCGUCCUCGGGCUUCCUCUAUCGGCGCCUGAAGACGCACGAGAAGCGAGAAAUGCAGAAGGAAAUCCUGUCGGUGCUGGGGCUCCCGCAUCGGCCCCGGCCCCUCCACGGCCUCCAGCAGCCGCAGCGCCCCGCUCUCCCACAGCAGCAGACGCCCCGCGGGGAGCCCCCUCCCGGGCGGCUGAAGUCUGCGCCCCUCUUCAUGCUGGAUCUGUACCACGCCCUGUCCGCCGAUGACGACGAAGAUGGGGCGUUGGAGGGGGACCCGAGGCACCCAGGGUUCCACGGAGGGGCCAGCUCGUCCAGGCUCCGGCCACCGCCCGGAGCCACACAUCCCCUCCUGCGCAAGAGCCUCCUGGCUCCGGCACCUGGCGGCGGCAGCGCGGCCCCUCUGGCCACCUCACAGGACAGCGCUUUCCUGAGCGACGCGGACAUGGUCAUGAGCUUUGUGAACCUGGUGGAGUACGACAAGGAGUUCUCCCCUCGCCAGCGACACCACAAAGAGUUCAAGUUCAACUUAUCCCAGAUUCCUGAGGGUGAGGCGGUGACGGCUGCUGAAUUCCGCAUCUACAAGGACUGUGUUGUGGGGAGUUUUAAAAACCAAACUUUUCUUAUCAGCAUUUAUCAAGUCUUACAGGAGCACCGGCACAGAGACUCUGACCUGUUUCUGUUGGACACCCGAGUCGUGUGGGCUUCAGAAGAAGGCUGGCUGGAAUUUGACAUCACAGCCACCAGCAACCUGUGGCUGGUGACACCCCAGCACAACAUGGGGCUCCAGCUGAGCGUGGUGACACAGGACGGCCUCCAUGUUAACCCUCGCGCUGCGGGCCUUGUGGGCAGGGAUGGCCCUUAUGACAAGCAGCCCUUCAUGGUGGCCUUCUUCAAGGUGAGCGAGGUACACGUGCGCACCGCCAGGUCUGCGCCAGGUCGGCGUCGUCAGCAGAGUCGUAACCGCUCCACCCAGUCCCAGGAUGUGGCCCGGGUCUCCAGCGCUUCCGAUUAUAACAGCAGCGAGUUAAAAACGGCCUGCAGGAAGCAUGAGCUCUAUGUGAGCUUCCAAGACCUGGGGUGGCAGGACUGGAUCAUUGCACCCAAGGGCUAUGCUGCCAAUUACUGUGACGGCGAGUGCUCCUUCCCGCUCAACGCGCACAUGAACGCCACCAACCACGCCAUCGUGCAGACCCUGGUUCACCUUAUGAAUCCCGAGUAUGUCCCCAAACCAUGCUGCGCACCAACUAAACUAAACGCCAUCUCCGUCCUUUACUUUGAUGACAACUCCAACGUCAUCUUGAAAAAAUACAGAAAUAUGGUUGUGAGAGCUUGCGGAUGCCACUAACUCAAACUGACUGGCUGCCAGACACACGUUGGCCUUGGAGUCCUCACUGACACCUGCCUUAAAAAACCCGCAUGAAACGCGCAGCACAGCGGAGAGGGAGGAGACUCGCACGCAGGCUGGUGCCUCAGGCGCUGCCGCCAGGAAGGUUCCCAAGGACCUGGCUCGCAGCUGCUGGCCCUGUGAAUGUGUGAGUAGCUGCUUGUUUGGAGCAUGAGAUCUGUGAACUGCAGAAAUACAACUCUGAGGCCCCCGCUGACCCCCAAAGUUAGUCUUUGCUGUAGGUCAAGCUGUUUGUGUAAGUGCAGGAAUGGAAAAACUGCUCUUGGAGCAUAAGUAUUCCUGGAUAAAGCACCAGCUGCUUCAGUCGUAUCAAAGUAGGUUUCAGAGGUGGGGGGCUCUGUUCCCAGUGGGGCUGAGUGCUUACUGGACCAGUGGCCUGGACCCUAACAGGGCUCCACGAAGGUGCCUUUUGUCUCAUGUUUGCUAUGUGUUCGCGCUAGUGUCCUUGGUGUGAGAAAUGUGCUCAUUGCCGUCAAAACAAAACAUCCCAUUCCCAUGCCUCCAACCUCCUGCCCCUCUGUGCUACAACUGAAAGCCGAGCAAUGGAUGGGGGCGUGCGGGGUGGCAGUGGCCCUCAUUCCCACCGCGCCACCUCUGAAAGCAGCCCUGCGCCCGCCAGCACAGGACGGCUCCUGGCAACGCUCACUAACCUCCGCAGCGCUGGCUCUGACAGCUCAUCCACUCACCGCCGGGCCCCUGCUGUCUGCACGGCACCAGGCGGUGCAGCAGGGCGAGUCCCGUGGGGGAGACCGCCCUGGGGGGAAAGGGGUGCCCGCCCCAAGAGCGGGUUCCUGAGGCCACUGUGCUGCUUAUGAAUCGAAAUCACAAUGUCCUCUUGUAGAAAAGGAAGAUUCAGAUUAAAUCUUAGAAUAUUUUUAAAAUGUCUUUUUCACAAUCAUGUACUGGGAAAGCAAUUCAUACUAAACUGAUUAAAUAAUACAUUUAUAAUCUAGAA